GCCAGUCUCAGUUCACCCAGUAAUUACAUGCAGACUAAAAAUGUAUCAACAACUGUGAACACCUGACUGACAUUCUCUCUUUCUCCAUCCCUCUUUCACACACUUCUUUCUCUAUCGUAGUGAACAAACACAAGCCAUGGAUUGAGACGUCGUACCAUGGGGUGAUCACAGAGAACAUGGACAUCGUCCUACUGGACCCUCCUCUGGUGGCCCUGGACAAAGACGCCCCCGUGCCCUACGCAGGGGAGAUCUGUGCGUUUAAGAUCCAUGGUCUGGAGGCUCCAUUCGAGGCAGUGGUGCUGAACGGGACAUCUGGUGAGGGCCAGCUGAGAGCCAGGGGCCUGGUGGACUGUGAGCUGCAAAAGGAAUACACCUUUAUCAUCCAGGCCCAUGACUGUGGAGCAGGACCUGGGGGCACCGGGGGGAAGAAGUCACACAAGGCGGUGGUACACAUCCAGGUGAAUGAUGUGAAUGAGUUCUCUCCAGUGUUCCGGGAGGCCCAGUACCACGCGGCGGUGACAGAGGGGAAGAUCUAUGACAACAUACUGCAGGUGGAGGCUACAGACCAGGACUGUUCUCCACAGUACAGCCAGAUCUGUAACUACCAGAUCAACACCUCAAACACACCCUUCGCCAUCGACCGCAAUGGUAACAUCAGGAACACAGAGAAGCUGAGCUUUGAUAAGCAGCAACAGUAUGAGGUCCUGGUCACAGCCUUCGACUGUGGACAGAAGAGAUCCACAGAGAGCGUGGCGGUACACAUCGACGUUAAACCUGUCUGCAAACCUGGCUGGCAAGGCUGGAACAAAAGAGUGGACUAUGAGCCAGGCACUGGCAGCAAGCAGUUGUUUCCCAAGAUGCAUCUGGAGACGUGUGGAGGACCUCUCUCCUCAGUGAGGACCAUGGUGGAGCUACAGACCAGCCAUAUUGGGAAGGGCUGCGACCGGGAGACCUACUCUGAGAAGUCUCUGCAGAAACUCUGUGGGGCCUCAUCGGGCAGCACAGACCUUCUCCCCGCCCCCAGCGUCUCCACCAAUUGGACGGCGUCCCUUGUGACGGACAGUGGGCGGGACAGCGACCUCAUCUUCCGGUUUGACGGGCGGCAAGCGGCAAAGAUUCCUGACCAGAUGGUACCACAGAACCUGACGGAUCAGUUCACCAUCGCCACGUGGAUGAAGCAUGGACCCACUCCUGGACUGAGGGCGGAGAAAGAGACCCUGCUCUGCAACUCUGAUAAAACAGAGAUGAACAGACACCACUACUCCCUUUACGUCCAUAACUGUCGUCUGGUCUUCCUGCUCCGGAGAGACUUCACCCAGGUGGACACCUUCAGACCUGCAGAGUUCCACUGGAAACUGGAGCAGAUCUGUGAUAAGGAGUGGCACUAUUACGUCAUUAACGUGGAGUUUCCUGUGGUGACACUCUACGUGGACGGAGUUACCUACGACCCUUACCUGGUGACAGACGAUUGGCCGAUCCACCCAUCUCAGAUUGACGUGCAGCUUACUUUGGGUGCCUGCUGGCAAGGUGGUGAGGUGACGAUGCCGCGGUUCACUCAGUACUUCCGGGGUAGUCUAUCAGGGCUGACCAUCAGGCCAGGGAAGAUAGAGAGCCAGAAGGUCAUCUCCUGUCUACAGGCCUGUAAGGAAGGACUGGACAUCAACUCACUGGAGAGCCUGGGCAAGGGCAUCAAGUUCCACUUCAACCCAGCCCAGUCGAUCCUGGUGAUGGAGGGAGAGGAUCUGGAGAACAUGAACACUGCUCUGAGGAAGGUCUCCUACAUCAACUCCCGCCAGUUUCCCACACCGGGCAUCAGACACCUGCACAUCUCAACCUCAGUACAAUGUUUUGGGGAGGACACAUGUAUCUCCAUCCCGGACAUCGAUGCAGUGGUGAUGGUGCUGCAGCCCAGUGAACCCAGGAUCACCAUAGCUGGGGUGGACAGACUGACCAGGCCAGCAGCUGACCUCAGAGGACCAGCAGGACUCACUCUGUUCCAGGACCUUCACAUCAUCAGUACUGUCACCAAGGGAGACACAGCCUCACACCAUACAGCGGGCAGGCUGGGGGUCCAGGAGGAGAUCAUUCAUAACCUGGACUACUGUGACAUCCUGGUGCUGGGGGAGGAGCUGAGGCCGGAGCAGGAGAGUCUCCAGCUGCAGCGUAGCACCCUGCUGGGGAAACACCUGGACGCCAACAACUCCACCUCAGGCAUGUCUAUAUACGGUAAGUUACCAUGGAAACAUCUAACCUCCUGACAUCUAACCCAUAUAUAA